ACAUGGCGACGCGCUGCACCUGCACGGCUUUUCUGGCAUUUUUUGUGUUAAUUGCGGCGGUUUUAAUCGCGCUUUAUGCCGCAGGUUCAGAUAUAACGUGGCCGGCAGUGUCUCUGACUGUUAUUACCGUCCUGGUGUCGCUGUGGUUGCGGCGGCGGGACGGCGGGACUGACCGGCGGGUGUGUGUGCUGGUGUUGGGGGAUAUCGGUCGCAGCCCUCGGAUGCAGUAUCACGCCUUGUCCCUCAGCAAACACGGAUAUAAUGUUACUUUUGUCGGGUUUUUAGAUACCAAACCUCAUAAAGACGUGCUGAGAGAGGAGAAAAUAAGGAUAGUGCCUAUAGCAGAGGUCAAAGGUGUUCGAGUGGGACCAAAAAUCCUCACAUAUGUGACGAAGGUGAUUCUUCAGUGUCUGCAGCUUCUUUAUGUGCUGCUGAACAUGGAGACACAGUCUCAUAUACUGAUGCAGAAUCCCCCGGGCCUGCCCAGCAUCGCAGUGGCUUGGCUCGCGUGCGUCCUGCGUGGCAGCAGAUUCGUCAUCGACUGGCACAACUACGGCUACACCAUCAUGGCCCUGAGCCACGGCCCGACACACCCGGUGGUCCGCCUGGCAAAGUGGUAUGAGCACUCCUUCGGCCCUCUGGCUACUCACAACCUGUGUGUUACUAACGCGAUGAAGGACGACUUACAGAAAAACUGGGGCAUCAAGGCGACGACUCUGUACGACAGACCAGCCUCCAUCUUCAGAGAGACUCCACUGAAGCUGCAGCACGAGCUCUUCGUGAGACUGGCUAACACUUACCCUGAGUUCCAGAGCAAAGGGUCUGACCAGGUGGAGAGGACUGUUUUUACAGACUGUGACCUCACUGGUGACACAGUGACCUUGAGGGCGGAGCGACCUGCGCUGCUGCUCAGCAGCACCAGCUGGACAGAGGACGAAGACUUCUCCAUCCUGCUGAAGGCUCUUGAGGAGUAUGAAGGUUUCAUUAAAGGGGGAGCUUCAUUACCACCGUUAGUCUGUGUGAUCACAGGUAAAGGUCCUCAGAAGGAACACUACAGGAAGCUGAUUGACACUCUGCAUUUAGAGCACGUGAAGAUCUGCACUCCCUGGCUGGAGGCAGAAGACUAUCCUGUCUUAUUAGGUUCGGCAGACCUGGGUGUGUGCCUCCACAAGUCGUCCAGCGGUCUGGAUCUCCCCAUGAAGGUGGUGGACAUGUUCGGCUGCUGCCUGCCCGUCUGUGCCAUCCACUUCAACUGUUUACAUGAGCUGGUGAAGCACGAGGAGAACGGACUGAUCUUCAGAGGCUCUCAGGAGCUCGCAGAGCAGCUUAAGUCUCUCCUGUCAGAGUUUCCCAGUUCAGAGGGCAGACUGGGAGCGUUCAGGAGGAACCUCCGCACCAGCAGAGGGCAGCGCUGGGACGACAACUGGGACCAGAACGUCCUACCUCUGAUCUCUGCUCCCUGAUGAGGGAGGGGAGGGGACUUUAAUGAUUUAAAGUUUAGGACAAACCAACAGAAAAAGACACAGCAGGACAUGUUAGAUUCACUGGGAUGGAAGACAGUAGAUGAAGGUAGAUUCUUUCAGUGCACACAGGAUGUUAAUGAUGGUGUGUGGAUUAUCCAUAGAGUGAAACAUUCGGGAAAUCCUUUUUUCACACCGUUAAUUUGAGUCCAUUCAACUUUUUUAAAAAAUGACAUGCAGCAGUAACAUACAGGUGAGAUUAACUCCCACCUGUAAAAAAAAAAAACUUUCCAUUCCAGUAGAUUUUUUUCCUACUUUGGAGCACUUGACUGUAUAAAGGACACUUUGAUACGAUGUAUAUUUGUAAAUAAAAUCUUUAUUGUGCUA